AUGCACUUCCCAAAACAUCCAUCCAGAGUGCAGAAUUUGGCCAUUGCCCCUGCACAGAAUUGCAAAAAGAGGGAGAGCUGGGCAGAGAGAGAUGCCAAGGGGAUCAGCGUCACUCCAGCCGUAGAUUGCUUAAGAAGAGGGAGACUCUUUCCCCCCGCAUACUAGCACAGCCUUAAUUAGCUUUGUGUGUCGACUCAAUGCUGCCAGCUGAGAAAAAGGAACAUGUUAAGAGAUGAUACGUGAAGGCUUAGCUGCUUUGGAAGGAGUAAAUCAGAAAGGAGGCAUAAAUAUCUCGCCCAAGUUUGCCACAGCUCACCCUGAAAACCUGAAAACAAAGAUGGCUGGCUCUUUCAUCUGGCUGCUGAUCGCUGUCUUGGGUGCCUUCUCUACACGUGUGGAACGCCCCCGAGGCCGUAUCCUUGGGGGGCGGGAGGCUCCUCGCCGGCCUUACAUGGCCUCGCUGCAGAUCAACAGGAAGCACAUCUGCGGAGGCUUCCUCAUCGCAGAGCAGUGGGUGCUGAGCGCUGCCCAUUGCUUGGAGGAUGCGGGCAACGAGACCUUCCAGGUCCUCUUAGGGACCCGCUCCCUCUCGGGCUUCGAACCGAACAAGCGCCUGUUUGGAGUCCGCCGACUCGUCCCUCACCCCGGAAGCAGCCGCUACACCAAUCACGACGACCUCUUGCUGGUCCAGCUGGAAGAGCGAGCGUUCCUGAACUCGGAUGUCCAGAUUCUGGCUUUCCAGAGAGAAGACAGAGACCUGCCAGAAGGGACCCGGUGCGAAGUGGCUGGCUGGGGCAUCAUCAGCAACACCGGGAAGCGCCCGGAGAACCUGCACCACGUGGAGCUGGGCGUCAUUGGCCGGCCCAAGUGCAACGAAAGGAUCCAUCACGACGGCGAGGUGACAGAGAAGAUGAUGUGUGCCGAGUCCAGGAAGAAAGACUCUUGCAAGGGAGAUUCUGGUGGGCCCCUCGUUUGCAACGACAUUGCCGAAGCCAUCGUGACUACUGGCUCUCGGAUCUGUGGCAACUGGAAAAAACCUGGAAUCUACACCCGGACUGCUCCCUACACUGAAUGGAUCUCCAGCGUCUUGGCAUCAUCGAACAAUUAAUCACUGAGAGCUGGAGAUUGCAUCUGAACAAAAAACAAAUUAAAAAUUGGUUUGGAGCCUCUUUCCUUGCCAGGGAUUUAAGACCCAAAAGGCACAGAACACAUUUUGCAAGGCAAAUGGCCGGUUCAGAAAGCCGUCUUCUUAAGAGGAGGUACCUUUGCUAAUAACCUUGCUUUGCACUCCAAACAGCAUCGAGUGGGCUGUGUGUGUGCAUGUGUGAGAGCUCACACACAUCUCACCACUAAGAAACGUAAGCAGCUUAUAUAAAUAAAGACUCCCUUUGGGGGAGAAAUAACUUUC